AUGAGCCAAAUCUUGACCCCUCGGCAAGCCGAGGAGCUGCACAAGGCCAUCAUCGCAUACCUCUCUUCAAGCAAUCUUCCCAAUGCCGCUGCCGCCCUAAGAGAGGAGCUGGACAUUGGCGAGUCGUUCGAUGCCGCCACCUCCAAGAAAUACGAGGGCUUGCUGGAGAAGAAGUGGACCAGCGUUGUAAGGUUACAGAAGAAGAUCAUGGAACUCGAGUCCCGAACCGCCUCACUGCAAUCAGAAAUCGACAACGCGACACCGACCUCGCUGUCCCGACGAAACCAGGAUCCCACCAGCUGGCUUCCCCGGUCCCCCGCCCGACACACUCUCCAAUCCCACCGAGACCCCAUCACCUGCGUCGCCUUUCACCCCGUAUUCUCGUCCCUGGCCUCGGGUUCAGAGGACUACACCAUCAAGAUCUGGGAUUGGGAACUGGGCGAGCUGGAGAGGACGAUCAAGGGACACACCAAGGCUGUGCUGGACGUCGACUUUGGAGGACCCCGCGGUGCCACACUGCUGGCUUCCUGCUCAAGCGACUUAACCAUUAAGCUUUGGGACCCUUCAGACGAGUACAAAAACAUCCGAACGUUGCCCGGUCAUGAUCACAGCGUCAGUGCGGUGAGGUUCAUUCCCUCUGGAGCUGCAGGAGCCCCGGGCUCAGGAAACCUCCUCGUUUCAGCCAGUCGCGACAAGACUCUGCGUAUUUGGGAUGUUUCGACCGGGUACUGCGUCAAGACACUACGUGGACAUGCUGAUUGGGUUCGUGAUGUUUGCCCCUCACCGGACGGCCGCUUCCUUCUCUCGGCCGGAAACGAUCAAACGGGACGCCUUUGGGAUAUCAGCGCCUCCAACCCCGAGGUCAAGCUGAUGCUUGUUGGCCAUGAGCACGUCGUCGAAUGCUGUACACUCGCACCGUCUACCUCCUACCCUCAUUUGGCGACCCUCGCAGGACUGAAGAAGCCGCCGCCGGCAACGAAUACCGCCGAAUUUAUGGCUACCGGCAGUCGUGACAAGGCAAUCCGUUUGUGGGAUGCGCGAGGAAACUGUAUCAAGACUUUGACUGGCCACGACAACUGGGUGCGCGCUCUCGUCUUUCAUCCAGGUGGCAAGUACCUCCUUAGUGUAUCAGACGACAAGACAUUACGAUGCUGGGAUUUGGCACAGGAGGGUAAAUGCGUCAAGGUGCUCGACGACGUCCACGGUCACUUCGUGUCAUGCUUGCGAUGGGCGCCAGGCAUUGUGCGUGAGGCGGCAACCAACGGGGACGGGCAGAAUGGCGUCAACGGAACCCCGAGCAAGACGGCGAAACCAGCAGACGUUCAGAUCCGAUGCGUCAUCGCAACAGGAAGUGUCGACUUGAACGUCCGCAUCUUCGCCAACUGA